CUCUCUUCCUCUCUUCCUCUCUUCCUCUCUUCCUCUCUCUCUCUCUCUCUCUCUCUCUCUCUCUCUCUCUCUCUCUCGCUCCCUCCUAUAUUCUCUCUCUCUCCCUCCUGUCCCCUCUUCCUCACUUUCUCUCCGUUCCUCUGAUGUGUUCGAGGGUGUCGGGAGUCUAAAUCUCCAACGCUUGGAUUCCUUCGUCUGUCACGGAGAGUGAAAGUGUGUGCGUCUGUGUGUGUGUGUGUGCACGCACGUUUGAUCAUUGUUAAACUUCUUGUGACAGAAAUGGGUUACCCUCAGCUGAGCACAAAGACUGUGGUCUGGCACUGUGUGGUUCCACGACUCCAACUGGAGCUGCUCUCCGAGUAGCAAGAUGUCGUUUGGACGAAAACACGUCAAAGUUCCUAACGAGUUACGCCGUGAUUAGAACGGUCGCGUUCGCAAAAGGUCCCUCUUUUUUUGUUGUUGUGUGUAACGUUUUCGAGCAGAUUGUUAUAGCAACGGCAUUCCUCGUUCUCCCAGCCCAGUGUUGUGGUCUCCGGAGAGCAGAACGUUUGUCUCUGCUGUCACAGCCUGCUGUUACUUGUGCAUGUGUGGGAGUGAGGCCUGUCCCUCCUUCUCUCUCUCUCUCUCUCCCUCCCUUUCUCCCUACUCUCUCUCUCUCUCUGUCUCUGUCUCUGUCUCUCUGUCUCUCUCUCUCUCUCUCCAUACUACCUGGCUUCUUAUCAAUAAAGUCUCCCUUCUUAUUUUCUCUUCAUUGUGGUUCUGUUCUGAAACCUUUCACUGGGCUGUGGUGCACUCUCACAUUCUCUCUCUCUCUCUCUCUCUCUCUCUCUCACACACACACUCAGCCACACACACACACACACUCAGCCACACACGCCCUCGCUGAGCUGAAUGUGCUGAGUGCUAGGGUUAGGCUGGUACAUUGUGAACAGAUUUAAACAAUUUGCGAUCAACUAUGAACAGUCGUGCGAUUGAUCGCGAGCACAUUCCAAAAAAUUGCUUGACAGCUUUUUCCUUCCUCAAAUGCCUUCCGAGAACCAUUAUCUGAGUUGACCAGAGCAUGUUUGAGAAUUCAAACGCCCAGCAGAAGCUCCAGAGCUCCAGGACGGGAGGCCAGUCCUCGUCCCGCCGCUCCCUGGGAAUGGUGAACCCCAUCCUGGGCAGCGGCAACCCGGACACCCCCCCUUCCUCCAGUGGAGGCCAGCAGAGGCUGAAGAACGCCCUGAACCUGGGCAAGGCUGUGGGGGCAAAGGUGAACGACCUGCUGAGGAGGAAGGACAGCCACCUGGGAGACGUCGGGGUCACGGAGGUCAACAAGAACGUCGACACGGUCUGGAGCACCCUGGAGGAGCUGACCCAGGAGACCGUGGCCAACCGCCACGCCUCCAUGGACCCCCUGCCCCGCCUGGACCCCCCGCCCCCCAGCACCAGGAAGCGCCUCCCGCGGGCCCUGAAGACCACCCAGGACAUGAUGAUCUCAUCUGACCCCGUGGUGACCUCCCCCGACCCCUCCGGCCCCUCCUCCCCCGGCCCCUCUGUCCUCUCCCCCCAAGACCAACCCCCGCCCCUCUGCAGGGAGGAGGAGCCUCCUGUAGCCCCAGCAGGAGAGGGGGGGGACGGGAGAAACGGGGGAGGGAUGGAGGGAGAAGGGAACACAAGCCCACUAGAUGUAAAGAGAGAGGUGGUGGAGGAGGAGGGGGGGAUGGAGAAUGGGGGGAUGAAGAUGGAGGGCGUGGUGGGAGAUGGGACGGAAGAGAGGCGUGAGGGAGAACAGCUCCAGCUCUCCGUCCCGGACCUCAUCCAUAAGGAGCACCUGGAGCUGAGGGCCAAGAUGGCCGAGCCCAGGCAGAAGGGCCCCAGCCCUGGGGAGGACGGGCUGGCCAACGGGACCGCCCUCAGGAGAGUCUCCGGAGACACGGAGGAGCUGGAACACCCAGACCUGUUGUCCUUUGAGUAGACCUGUCCUAGCCCCUGUCCUAACCCCAGCAUGGUCCCAACCCCAGCCUUAGCCCCAAUCCAGCUCAGCACCAGCUCCAGUCGUGUUCACUGAGAGAUCAGGACUAAGCCUGGUUGGGAGUACAAUUUUUAGAAGGUGCUUGCAAGCACAGCAUAUAUAUGAGGGAGUUGUGAUGAAAAAAGGAGGAAGAAAUUAUAGAGGUGAGACUGUGUUUGGACAAGACCAUUACGAACACAGACAUGGUUUUCUGUCUUUUUAUAGUGUUCUAAAAAGUGCAAAAGAAUAGCCUUGGUAACCUACAUCCACUACAUUUUUUUAUUUAGAAAAGGUUAUUAUGAAAUACCAAUACUGUUAAAAGUGAGUGUCUUUUUAUAUACCGUAAUAACUUUAUAUGUUGUAAUAACUGCUCCUGAAUCUAAAUGGACCUUGGAUGAAUCUUAGUAUUAAACCAAAGUUAAUACAUUUGUAAUGUAAUCUAUGUACUGUAUUUUAAUAACACUUGUUUUCAUGGACUUCUUGUAACAUGGUAGUUCAGCUUUGUGACACUUUCUAAGCUAGUUAGCUUAGCUAGCACUACCAGGAUCUGUUGCAGGGUCUAUGACAUGAGCUACGCUAGUUAGCAGAACUAGUUUGCUAAGCUAAUGCAAAAUUGACCACUACAGUGUCUCGGACACCUGCUAAGCUAGUUAGCUUAGCUAGCGCCAACAGGGCUGCUGCACCUGCUGGCAUGUGUCACAUCAGGGUGUGUUAGAAUAUCUGCUUGUUGUCUCAUGUAAAACAGUAGUUUCAGAGCUGAGAAUCUAAUUAUAGUACAUGAAGGAAAAUUCUGUACGUUCAGUGAAAAUAUUUAGAUGACAGGUUUUGGAAUGUAUGAACAUUUCUGUAUAUCGACUGACAUGCUAACGAAUGAAUUAGCCAAGAUUGAUUUAUUUUGAUGUACAGUUUGAUGAUAGAACCUAGGACAGAAAAUUAUCUAUUUAGUUUGACAUAUAUUAUGAAUAUUACUGAUGUAUUUUUGUAUUUACAUUAUCUAUAGCCGGUCAAUAGACCCUCCCAGAUGUAUGAAGGAAACAAAUGAUUGCACAGAAAUAUUGUGAACGUUUUCUGGAACAAUAUAACGCUCAAGUAGAUUACGUUGAAAUGAAUUUAUUUUAUACAUUGUGAUUUAAAUACAAACAUUUUUUAUGCUUA